CAAAAAGGCAAGCCCUGUGGACGCCCGGCCCUCCCCCAGCCAACGGUAUCCCCACCAGCUCCCCCCUCCUCGUGCACUCCCGCCCCCGCUGCGCCAGUGCCACUCCCCGUUUUUUCCCUUCCCGUCCGAGGCUCCCCCCGUCGCCUCCACUCCCCACGCCCUCUCCCCGGAUGGGUCUGAUCUAUACCUGUGGCCCUGAGGAGGCCCUCGUCAAGUCGGGUGCCUUCCAGUCGCGGCCGAAGAUCAUCAGCAAUGGGUACUCCUUCCGCAUGCCCUGCGUGCAGCAGGUUGAUCGCCUGGACCUGCGCGUCAUGACCAUCAGCAUCUGCUCGAAGCUCGUGUACACCCGCGUGGGUGUGCCGAUCACCGUGUCCUCGGUGGCGGUUAUCUGCAUCUCCCGCCAGCCGGACCAGAUGCGCCUGGCGGCCGACCACUUCCUCGGCAUGAGCGGCGAGGAGAUUGGCUCCAUUGCCUCGCAAACCAUGGAGGGCCACCAGCGUGCCAUCAUGGGUACCAUGACCAUCGAGGAGAUUUACACCGACCGGACCAAGUUCGCCGAGGAGGUGGAGAAGAUCGCCGACGCCGACAUCCGCGGCCUCGGCCUGCAGAUUCUGUCGUACACCAUCAAGGAGGUCAUUGAUGAUGUUGGCUACCUCGAGGCCCUCGGUAAGAAGCGCAUCGCCGAGGUCAAGCGCGACGCCACGGUCGGCCAGGCCGACGCCGACUGCGAGGCCACCCAGCACGAGUGCGAGUCCCGGCUGCAGCACAGCGUCGGGCAGUACAGUGCCCAGACCAAGGCCGCGGAUUCGGAGCGCACUCGCGAGAUCCACUCGGCCGCCUACGACCGCGAGGUGAAUGUCGAGCGCGCCAAGGCCGAGCUGGCCGGUCGCCUGCAGGAGGCCAAGAUCAACCAGGAGCUCAAGCAUGAGGAGCUGGAGAUCGAGCUGAUUCGUCGCCGUGCCCAGAUCGAGGUCGAGGCCCAGGAGGUCAGCCGCCGGGAGCGCGAGCUCGAGGCCACCGUCCGCCGGCCGGCCCUGGCCGAGCGCUACCGCCUGGAGAAGGAGGCCGAGGGUCAGCGCAUGAUCCAGAUGCGUCGCGCCGAGGCCGAGGCCGAGCGCAUCCGCCUGACCGGUGAGGCCGAGGCCAAGGUCCUUCGCAUGAAGGGUGAGGCCGAGGCCGUGCGCAUGAACGCCCACGCCGAAGCCUACAGCCAGUUCACCGACGGCGCCUUCACCGAGAUGAUCAUCAAGCAGCUGCCGCAGCUGGCCAACUCCCUGGUGGCCCCGCUGAACAACACCUCCAAGAUUGUGGUGGUUGGCACUGGUGCCGGUGGCGGCGGCGCCGGUGGCAUCGGCGACAUCACCGCCCUUUCGGCCCAGCUGCCGACCGUGGUCGAGUCCCUGACUGGCCUGGACAUCCGCGAUGCGCUGCAGUCCUUCGCGGCCACCGGGGCCCCGGCCGGGGCCGGUGCUGUCGCCCGCCCGAAGAAGUAAACCGAGCUGUGAGCGUUUGUUGCCCCCCUCUCCCCACCAUACAAUGUCCUGCCUGUCCUUGAGCGCUUGUUGUCUGCGCUGCUCCUCCUUCUUUUUUUUUUGCCCUCACAUGCCGGGCAUGCGCACCUAUGUCCGUGCGAAUGCGUGAGCGCUUAUUAUUGCAUCCCGGUUUUGUGACACACAUCCACACAUGUGGUGCAGCCCAUUCCCCGUGCCUUGUGUGCCUCUCGCGUUUUGGCAUGUGGGCAGCUAUUGCCUGCUUUCGUGCUUUGUCCUCCUCUUUCCCACUGCCCCGGUGUCCUACUUUCUUUCAGGGCAGCGUCAGAAUAAGAAAAAAAAAGGCAA